GCGGGAGGAGGCGGCGGGAGGAGGCGGCGGGGCCGGCGGCCGUGGCUGGCGGCCCGGCCCGCCAUGAGCAGGGCGCAGCUGACGCGGACGGGGAUCCUGCGGAUGGCGCUGGGCGGCGGCGGCGCUGACCCGCUGCUGCCGGCGGAGGGCGGCGGGGGCCGGCGGGCGCCCUUCCUGCUGCGGGCGCUGCGCAUCGCCGUGGUGGUCUGCCUCUACUGGUUCACCUCCAUCGCCAUGGUCUUCCUCAACAAGUACCUGCUGGACAGCCCCUCGCUGCGCCUCGACGCCCCUCUCUUCGUCACCUUCUUCCAGUGCGCCCUCACGGCCGCGCUCUGCCUGGGCCUCAGCCUGGGGGCGGCCUGCGGGCCCCCCUGCGCCGGCCUGCCCGCCCUCCGCCUGGACCCCAAGGUGUCCCGCAGCGUCCUGCCCCUCUCCGCCGUCUUCAUCGGCAUGGUCACCUCCAACAACCUCUGCCUCAAGCACGUCGGCGUGGCCUUCUACAACGUGGGGCGCUCCCUCACCACCGUAUUCAACGUGCUGCUCUCCUACCUCCUCCUCAAGCAGACCACCUCCCUCUAUGCCCUUCUGGCCUGCGGAGUCAUCAUAGGUGGCUUCUGGCUGGGUGUUGACCAGGAAGGAGCAGAGGGUACUCUGUCAUGGACAGGUAUAUUCUUUGGGAUCUUAGCAAGCCUUUGUGUCUCUCUCAAUGCCAUCUACACCAAGAAAGUGCUGCCUGUGGUGGAUGGUAGCAUCUGGCGCCUGACCUUCUACAACAACAUCAACGCUUGCGUCCUGUUCUUCCCCCUCAUGGUGCUGCUGGGCGAGUUCCGCACCCUCUACCACUUUGACAAGCUGGGGAGCCCCAGUUUUUGGGGCAUGAUGACCUUGGGGGGAGUGUUUGGCUUUGCCAUUGGGUACGUGACUGGACUUCAGAUUAAGUUCACUAGCCCACUCACCCACAACGUGUCUGGGACAGCCAAGGCCUGUGCACAAACAGUGCUGGCUGUUAUCUACUUUGAGGAGACAAAGAGCUUCUUGUGGUGGACGAGUAACUUGAUGGUUCUCGGGGGCUCCUUUGCCUACACGUGGGUGAAAGGGCUGGAAAUGAGAAAGGUGCAAGAGGAUCCCAAUGUCAAAAGCAGUGAAAGAAAUGACACUGGUGUGUAGGUGGCUCCUGCACCUCUAUUUUUGAGCCUGGUGGGGAUAACCUUUGGUGCUCCUUUCCUCCUGGGGAGAAGAGCAAGGAGCAGAAAAAAUGUACCUACAAAGUAUACGGGGAAUUGUGUCAGGAACCAGAGCCAAAGACCUGACUGGAUCAUGUUUUAUCUCACCCCAUGUCAGACUUGGGGAGAGCAUGUGUUGUAGAGAUCAGCUGGGUUGGGGUUCUUUUUUGUGAUUGUUUUUUAAAAUGGAUGUUGUUAUUUACCUAAUCUGGGAAAUUUGCAUGGGGGGGGGGGAGUUGGGCUCAUAUCAGACAAAGACUGGAAUGGGAGCUUUGUGUAGUUAGGGAUCUAAAAUUAACUGAAUGAGUGCAAUCUGGAGUUACAAAAUCCUGAACCUUCAGGAAAGGAAGAGUCAAGUAGCCAGACUGUUUGGGUUAGACUUCAGUAAACUGUUCUGCUGUAUAA